CACAGAUAUAGGCUCACUCAAACUAUAAGUGAGUAAGCUGAACACCACUGUGGAGCUCACAGUAAAACACUAUGGUUAGACAAAAGACCCAAACAUCCAAGCUUCAUCGCCACUGUGAGAGCUGCCACAGCCGCUGCUGCAAGACGGCAAUUGAGAUUUCUGUGUCAUGUGCAAUCAUCAGCUGUCGUUUUCUGUGCGGUGCUGUGUUUCACCUGUGCAAGGAGGAAGAACACAUGCUUUUGUGCCCCAAUGAGAGGGUGCCUUGUCUCAACAUUGAAUAUGGCUGCCCAUUCAUCAUGUGCCGCUCAAACCUAGCUAAGCACUUGACGGUGUGUCCUGCUAGUGUUGUCUCCUGCUCCAUGGAGUGGAACCGAUGGCCCAUCGAAGAGUCUGAGACCCCUGAGUUCUAUGAGAAUGUUUUGAAGGAGAACUGCGCUCAGGAACCUCUGGAUCUCUCGAUGGCUCUGAGGGACCAGCAGCACCUCUUUCAUUCUCUCAAAAUGAAGAUCAUCUUCCCUGAACUUAUUGAAAAGUUGGCUGAGGAGCCUUCAUUUGCAGUGCCAGAGGGGGCCGUGGGAGGGGUACCAUUCUUGAAUAGAGUCGAGGAAGAUUUUGUGUCUUCAAGCACGGAAAUUGAAGAAGGAGAUCUGACUCAGGAGGAACGAGAAGAACUGGCGAGGAAUCCUAAUGUGUUCAAUCUCGAAAGCUAUAAUAUUUGGGAAAGAAUGUUCAGUAUGGAAAUGAGCGGCUGCAAGCAAACGAUAAAAUCUUUGGGGAAAAAUCCUGAAACCUCUCACGGUAGUGAAAUAAAGCCACAAGCAAACCCAAGCAGGUUAGAAGUCUUACGGGAAGAGCGGGAAAUGCAGAUCGACAGUCAAGAUGCAGCUACUGACAUCCCUCAGUACAACGCAUGUGAAAUGGAUGAGCAUAAUUUCCUCAUCGCCACAUCCCUGUUUGCAUGUGACACAAGACCCAAAAAGAAACUCAUUUACGAACAUUUGGAGCCCAUGAAGAUUAAAACAGUCCGCACUUUUAAAGUCCCAACCAGCUUCAGAGCCAAAAACAAUCGCAUUCGAAACCCCACGCAUAACAAGAAGGUGAACACGAGCGUUGACACAUCUGACCUAGGUGUUGAAAUCGAUGACAUGCCAAAAUGGGAUGAAGUUCAAGCUACUCUAUUGUGUUCUUUAGAGAGGGAACUACGGGGGCAUCUCAUAGCUGAAUCAGGGUCCACAGACGCCCUUCUUGUGGACGUUGGAACUCAGACAUAUGAUUUCUACUCGGCACCUUUCAAAGCAGAGACCUCGCUGCAUGACCUCACUGCUGACCGGGCUUUGAAACUUCAUGUCCAAAUUCAGGCUGAAAGCAUCACCAGAAGACACAACAAAUCCAGCUCUGCGUUUACGUACCUGUGCAACCACACGUUCAGACGGGAUGAGUUUCCUUCACACUACAAGAAUGUUCACUCUGACAUCCAGAGUUGCGUCAGUGGAUGGUUUGAACAGCGAUGCCCUCUGGCCUACCUCGGCUGCACUUUUAUUCAGAGACGGUUUCAGCCAAGCUCUCACAGAGCGACGGUCUUCUAUGACAAAGAGCUUAGCACCUUCUGUCUCCGACCAGAGGUUUCAGACACACUGUAUGAAGGUGUAAAAACAGUGACAGUGGAAAGAAAGCGUGCACGCAAUACAGAUUCUCUGAGCAGGCUACCUUUUGAGGUCCUGGUCCACGUUGCUGGAUUUCUCGACAGCUUUACCCUGUCCCAGCUGGCUCUGGUCUCCCGUUUCAUGAGGGAGGUAUGCAGCACCUUGCUUCAUGAGAGAGGGAUGGUCUCAUUGAAGUGGGAGAAGAAGGUCUACUCUCAUGGUGGAUGGUGCUGGAGAACCAAAAAGAGGGUUUGGCAGUUUAGCAACCUGUUCUCCACUGUGGACUGCUGGUGCUUUGACAAACUGCCUCCAAUUUCUGAACAUCUAAAGGUUUGUCCAUACUACCAGAGGGAGAGUAAGACAGCACCUGUUCCUUUAACUGGUGUUCAUGAGUGCCAUGAGAAGGAAGCAAACAGGAAUCAGAGUCUAGUCUCCAUGUUGAUCAAAAACAAGUAGAAUCUUUAUUAUAACAGACAAUUAAUUAAAUGUUGUUUUCUGUGACUUAUAUAUGAAGUCAUGCAUCUAUGCUGAAUUCCUGUGCACUUUGUGCUAUUCUGUUUGUAAUUUUAUUUAGGCAUAUGUGCAAUAAUGAAUAAAAAAUAACCCCAAUCUUUCAGCUUUGUUAUGGAAUGCUUUUGUACUGUUAUUCUGGCUUACUUGUGUAAAGUAUAUACUGUAUUCUGUCCUUUCACCAAAACCCCAAAAUUCUGCCUUCAUUUCUUCCAAACCUGCAUGCCUUUCUUUCUUCUGCUGAACAAUAAAGAAGACAUUUUGAAGAACAAACUGUUUUGGUUACCAUGCCUCCAAUGUUGGUCAAAAAAACACUGAAACAUUUCUCAAAAUAUCCUCUUUUUUGUUCCCCAAAAGAAAGAAUGUCUUUUUUA